GCUAGUCGCAUCCCUCCCUCCUCAUCCGAAAUCAAUGGCGAUGGAUACGUUGACCGUUAAGGCCGACUACAUAGCGCGACUACAAAGCAUUUUAAGUGAUCCAUUCUAUAAAGAUGCAACUGAAAAUUCUGCCAGUUAUAAUACAAGGUUAUGUAUGGAGAGAAAGAUGAGGCUACCUUUUCUCGAUGCCCAGACAGGUGUCGCCCAAAGUGACUGUUCUCUAUGGAUGCAAAAAUGGCAACGAAUGCCAGGCCAGACAGAAGGACAACUGUAUACAUAUCCCGCUAGACGUUGGAGGAAGAAGAAACGGCAGUAUCUCAUGAAUGAUUUCUAUCUCACUCGUCGAAUCAAAGACGUGGAAAUGAAUGAAACAGAAGGCCAGAUGAGCAUGUUGGAAAAUUCGUCUCGAUUAGAAGGAGAAGAAGGAGGUGAGAAGGCAGCGGACGAUUCUAAAGAUUCUUGGUAUCAAGAAUUUGAAGAUACCGGUGUAGAUAUUCCCGAAAUAGGUGAUAUGGAAGAUCCAGAAUCGGACAUGGAGGAAUACGAAGAGACAUAUGCCCGUAAAAAGAAGAAGAAAGUACGAAGUACAAGAGGUCGUAAACGAGCUGACAGAUUUGAUUACACUGAUAUGGAGAAGCCAUACAGUUGUGAAAUAUGUGGUGCUCGUUACAAAACACGUCCUGGUCUUUCUUAUCAUUAUACCCAUGGUCAUAACAAUGAUUCUACAGACAACACCGAAGAAGAAUUAAAUUAUAUUCCUCCGAAACCACCCAUUCAUCCAACACCCGUGACGGGCCAUCCUCCCAUUCCCGCUCCAAUACCAAUACCUGUAGUGCCCCCUCCUCCACCGCCACCUCCUCCUCCUCCACCGCCGCCGCCGCCUCAACCUGCCGUUCCUCUGCAUCCUGUGGCUCAGCCGACAAGCUCAGCAUUUACUUGGAUGGCUGCACCAUUGGAAGAACCAAUAACAACAAGGAAACCAAACUCAGGAAAUAGUCCAAGUCCUUAUUGUGAUUUUUGUCUUGGCGACAGCACCGAGAAUAAGAAAACAAGACAAGCCGAAGAACUGGUUUCUUGUUCUGACUGCGGACGCUCGGCUCAUCCAACAUGUCUUCAAUUUACUCCCAAUAUGACCUUAUCGGUGAAGAAGUAUAGAUGGCAGUGUAUUGAAUGCAAAUCGUGUGGCAUUUGUGGUACAUCUGAUAAUGAUGAUCAGCUACUUUUCUGCGAUGACUGUGAUCGUGGUUAUCACAUGUAUUGUCUAAAUCCGCCGUUAUCUGAACCGCCUGAAGGAUCUUGGAGCUGUCAUCUCUGUAUUGAAGAAUAUGGUCGAAAGUGACAGGAAAUUUCCUCUAACCCAAUUUUGACACUGUUACAACUGAUAUGAAACUGCCUGUUUCUCUUGUAAUCGAUAUACCUCAUUUAAAUAUUUUUCCGUUAUUGGUUCUUAGUUGAAUAUAUGCAUAUAUAUAUAUACAUGUCUCGGAAGAUUUCUGUGUAGAAUACGGUACAAAAAGUAAGCCGACGUCAUUUUGUUUUUUCUUUUAUAUAAAUUUGGUACGUUUCGGAAUUUAAUUUUGGCAACCGUUUCCGGUUACGAAGCUCCGUUUCCGUCGUGGACGGGUUUUGGCCGUUCUAAUUUCUGGAUUGCAGGGACCUUUGCUAUACAAUGCUGCCAAUUGCAGCCCAUGGGCUGCAUUCGUACACGUUUAGGGGGAUUAUUCGAGUAUCCAAACACACAUCGUUCUUUAUUAUCAAAUGUUACCUCAGUAAAAUAACAGUCCAAGAUAUAUAUUUUCAUUUUUGCGUUUCAAAUCUAGUCUUCAACAUUGGCUAUUCAUAAAAGAAAAAGAGAAAUUUUGAAUAUUACCUAUUUUAAUAUUUAAAAUUUUGGAAUAUUUUGUGCGUAGCCAUACGUCGAUGUUCCUACACCGUAAACCGGCACAAGAAUUAUAUCCUAGUGAUGUCGGUCACUGCUGUUCCUGGUGUUCCAUUAAGGGGCCAUCGAGUUUUUUGGUAGCUUGUUUGUGUAUUUUAAUUAUUUUACUUGUGUAAAGAAAUUUUAGAUAGCAUUCGGAAGUAUUUAAAUAACACAAUUUUGAUAUUCCCAACAUUUUUAUUAAGGUAGGAUUUAAUAGUUUUACGCAAAAGACGGGCAAAGGUUGCUUCCCCAUUUCGUUUGCAUUUCAAAUUUGUUAGAGGAUAAACAGGGUAGCCAAAAUUGGUGUAUAUUCUUGAUGUAAUGAGUGCUUUUGACUAAUUGAAAAGCAGAAUGAAUGAAAAUCAUGCACGCUAUCAUGUGUCUAUAAUGGAAAAAAUUUACAUUUUUAAACUCAAGUAUCAUCUACUUUUCUGAUAUAUUCUUAAGAUCUUCCUUGCCUUCAGAAUUCAGGGUGAAGUGUGUCUGUGAACGUAUUCAUUCAUCAUUAAUACAAAGAAAAAGUUCUAAGAUCGUGUUUAAAUGUCUCCAUUCUGACAAUUUUGAUUUGAAAAUUCAAAUAUUCGAUUGGAUUUUAUUUUAUUAACAUAUCUUCAAAUGUUUUUCUCAAAACUAUGGUUGUGAUAAGCACGUUGGGCAUUGUGCACAUUAUAAAAUAUCAUUCGACCCUGUUUUUUCUCAUUCUUCGGCACACGUAUAUGCCUAGGACCUUUCCGCAUCAAGAGAUGUAGCUCGUUUCUCUAGUGAUAAAGUGUUUCGAUCACAAGACGCACGCGGAGAUGGAUAUGGUGAUAAAGAUUAGGUUGUGUACUGUGUGGUGCUUAUACAAUAUGCAUGAUAUUAAUACGAAAAAAACAAAAGUUAUAUCACAGUAGUCUUCACUUCUCUCAGGUCUGAGAUAUAAAAAAAAUACUGUCAAAUUUUUGAAUAAUAUUGUUCAGGACAAGUUGCAUUUGCAACUUUUAGUAUUAGUAAUUGUAUUAGUAUUGUCCUAUAGCCAUUUUUAUUACAUAAUUUUAUUGAGAAUUUCCUUUGAAUUUAAUAAUAAUAAAAAGAUUGCAAGUGCCUAAGAUAUCAUUUUAAAUAUCGAGGCAGAAGAAGGAGCGAGCGAGUCGGUGGGUUUGUGUGGUUAUUUGCAAAAUUUAUUUUGUAAUUAUUCUUUAUUAAUUAAUUUUUCGCUUGGUGUAAAAUGGAAGGGAGAUGUUUGUGAGGGGAAGUCCAUAAUUAUGUUACAAACUUGUACUUGUUGAGAAAUAAGCAAGAAAUUUUUUAAUGCAGUACAUAUUUUUUGAGCAAUCUCUGGAUAUUCAGGAUAUUCUAAUACAGUGGGUGAUCGGUUAACGAACAUAAUCCGUUCCAAGACUUUGUUCGCUAUCCGAAUUGUUCGUUAACCGAUCACCCACUGUACUAUGUAAUGUCUGAAAAUCUCUUGAUUACUGUCAGAAUCACUCCAUUACAUGUUCUAAAAAGGUUAUUGUAUGCUCUGGCUAUGAUAUUGAGCGAUUAUCAUCUUUCCAACUUUUAAAGAACACUUGAGAGAUAGGCAUUUUCCAACCAAUGAAGAGUUUGGGAACACAUAGAACANUGGUUACAAUAGCAAUUUAUUGAUUUUUAUACAGUGGGCUUUUGGAAGCCAGUAGAAUGUUGUACAAGUGCUUGGUAUUUAUAUGGAUUUUAUUGAAAAACAAAUGCUUUAUGUUAUUCAUUUUCUUGCUUAUUUGCCAGUAAGCAUCCAUCUAUAGCCUAAUUACUGACUUCUCCUCAUAUUAUCGCCAUUGCUCUAGUCCUGAAUCGGAUCUUUGCAUUUUGCUUUCUAUUUCCAAUUAACGGUUGACUGUGUUGUUAUUAUAUAUAUAUAUAUAUUUAAAAAAAGAUAUUUUUUGCAUGUAGUUUGGCGCUACCUCAUUAAGUAUUUUAUGCUGCAGGGCCGAUCUUAUUUAUUUCUUCAAUUAUUAGAGUUUUUAAAAAAGUAUAGUUGCUCAUGACUGAUUCUUUAACUCAGGGUUGGUUUUUUAGGGUGGCUUUUCGGUCCACCCGUUGCGCUCACCAUGACAUAUGACCAUUUAUAUACGUUCGAUCAUUGCUUGAGGUGACUAAGACCACCGGAAACAUAACAUUCUUCUGUAUACUAUAUAAAGAAAAAGUAUUAUAACUAGUCAGAAUUUCUAGCUAUUUCUACUUACACAAGAAGAGGCAUUUUGCUUUUUCGUUAUAUUUCCAGUCCUCUUCCCGCUUGGCAAAUUUAUAUAUAUAUAUAUAUAUCUCGUAUAUCUUUCCAAAUUUCCUUUGCAACUUUUAAUCUUCCAAUUAAUUAUUGUUGCAUGUUGUUGUUUGUCGGAACGAAGAGGAAUUGUUCGAUAAUGAAGUUGGAGGUUUGUAUUUUUGAGCAUUUUUAAGUCAUGUUACGUAAAUUUGUGUGAGUUUUAAGGGUUUUUUUUACAAGUUUUUCAGUCUACCAAAAUGUUUUUAUUGUUGAAAAGGUUUUUAUGCGAGACAGGUGUCGGAAGACAAUCUUCCGGCGGGACUAAAAGGCCUGGUUUUAUGUUAUUUUUUGUUAGGGAUCGUUAAUGGAUCAGGUCGCCCGAUUCUUUCCCCCUCUUUAUUUUUAAGGAAUCGAUCGUUUGGUCGAUUGUCCGGCGAGAUGAUGAUUUCGUUUGUCGCAGAAUCACAAAAUCUUCCUCUGUUUGUGUGAUAGAAUAUUGUUAUUUUGUUGGAUUUGAUCGUUCAAAAUUUGACAAAAGAGGCUAACGACGACAAGAUUAAUUAAAAAACAAAAAAGUUGAUAAAUUGUACAAAAGUAAAUAAAAAGAAAACAAAAUUUUGGAUGUUGAUAGAAUAGUUUAGCAUCUUGCACCAAAGAAAUUUAAGAAAAAUCUGUCUCUUCUUGUGUGGCAUGUACAAUACAUGCUAAUUUAUAAAAAAAUAAAAGAAAUAUAUA